AUGAAAGAAAAUUAUGGGCCCCGUGAAAAGACCGGAAAUUCAACGAGAUUGAGCUGGUCUGUGUUAAUUGAGACCAAACAUAAUAUAUUUGUUGAGGAUAUUAUAGACAUAAUAGGUACAUUGUUGACAUUUGCUACGGCUUUUCUUCUGAGUUUUACCGCUGCACAGACUAUAUUACGACUGUUCAAUAUUUUCAUUGAUUUGGUCGAGACUCUUCAAUCUAUUAGCUAUUUCGUGUUUAUUGAGACCAAAAGUAACAUAUUACAAUUUUGUAACAGCAGUUUAUUGUCUCUUAAGCAUGUCAUUGAGGAAAGUCGUUUUUGCGUUAAUCCUUAUAACUCAUGGUCGCCCGUAAUCGAAAUGUUGUAUCGCCGCCUGUUAGCUGUAACAAAAUACGGGGAGAGUAUAGGAUUAUCGGCUGAUAUCAAAAGUACAACAACGGGUAUUAGAGUCAAUAUUAGACAAAUUGUCCAGGAAAUAUAA